AUGAUAUACAGCCUGCCGUCGUCAGCCGAGGUACAUACAAGUCAGUUGCAACCUAGCCUGUAUAGGCCAAUCACACCAGCAAAACGACCUUAUGAAACUGGGAGGAUUAGUUUCAAUGACACCGACUUAGUUGGAGUAACUCUCCCUCACACUGAUCCCCUCGUCAUCGAGCUACGCGUGAACAGAUUCACCAUUGAACGUGUUCUCAUUGAUCAGGGAAGCACUUCGGAAGUAAUGUACUAUAAAACGUUUGUUAAAUUCGGCUUCACUGACUUGGAUUUGUCACCGGCCGAUUACCCAUUAUUCGGCUUUAACGCUAACCCCGAGUAUCCUUUGGGCAAGAUCACACUACCAGUUCGGGCGGGCACCAGAUCAGUAGAUGUAGAAUUUCUGAUUAUCAAACUUCCGUCACUAUACAAUCUCAUCAUGGGAAGAACUUUGUUACAUACCAUGCAAGCUGUACCAAGAACCUACCAUCAAUUACUUCAUUUUUCAACUAAGUAUAGCAUUGAACAAAUUUGGGGUUCUCAGAAAUCGGCACAAGCAUGCUACCUUGUUGUUGCAGCAAAGAGACCAAAAGAACUAGAAGUGAAUUCAAUUGCAGUACCGGAUUAG